ACAGCUGCAGAAGUGCUCUGCUGAGCUGCGGUGAGGAGGCUCGCUCCGCCUGGCUGCUCCUCCCACAACCUAUCGGCGCGGGGCUGCUCCUGGCAGAGAGGACCAGACGCGAGGAAGGCACAGCACCCGCUCGGGCCCUCCACCAAGAGCCCCAGCUGGCAGCAUCAGCUCCCAUCGAUUCAUCGGACUUCUGCCCAGGCUCUGAAAUGCCAACCAUGUCGCGGCCUGCACUUGAUGUCAAGGGUGGCACCACCUCUGGGAAGGAGGAUGCCAACCAGGAAAUGAAUUCUCUGGCCUACUCUAACCUUGGAGCGAAAGAUCGCAAGGCAGUGACCGUCCUGCACUACCCUGGGGUCACUGCAAAUGGAGCCAAAGCCAAUGGAGUUCCCAGUAGCUCCACUGGAUCGUCACCUCCAAUCGACUCUCCUACUGCCACCUCUUCUACCAAACCGCCAUCCUUCAACCUGCACCCUACCCCUCACCUGCUGGCCAGCAUGCAGCUGCAGAAGCUUAAUAGCCAGUAUCAAGGGGCUGCAGCUACCGCUGCCGCUGCCCUUACCGGUGCAGGCCUACCAGGGGAGGAAGAGCCCAUGCAAAACUGGGUCAGUGGCCCACUGGUAGUGGGAGGAUCACCGGGAUCAGUCUCUCCUCCUGCUGGUGCCCAGAGCCCUGCUAUCAUUGAUUCUGACCCAGUGGAUGAGGAGGUGCUGAUGUCUCUGGUGGUAGAAUUGGGGCUAGACCGAGCCAAUGAGCUUCCCGAGCUGUGGCUAGGGCAGAAUGAGUUUGAUUUCACUGCAGAUUUUCCCUCUGGCUGCUGAUGCCUAGUGCCCCUAAAAAAUAAUGAGGAAAAAAAGCCACCAAAACAGUUGUAAAUAAA